AUGUCGGCCAACUUUCAUAGUCGCUUCGCUUCCCCCACUCCCGCCGCCAGGCGCAAUGACGACGGCGACGACGACCGCGACAACGCCCAGAUCCUCCUCCAACAGGACGAAGAGGAGCGCGAGGUCAUCGACCCCAACCUCUACGGCCCCUUUGGCACUCGCUACCCGGAGGAGCACGGCUCGUCCCACUUAAGGACCCAGUCCGGAGGCUGGCGCCCCGUCGAGACGACCGAGCAGCUCCAUGACCCCGACCACCAGCACAGCUACCACCAACGACCUCACCCCUAUUCUCACCGCGCCUCCCAGAGCGCCCGCUCCAGCGAACAGUGGGACACGCGACCCGUCGGUCAGGCACUCGGCUCGAUUCCCCUGUCCAAGAUGAGCUCGCAGACGGGCGAGCACGAAGUCAAGGCGGAAGGCCACAACAGGGCGAGCAGCGCCAUCGACAGCCACGGCCACGGCCACGGCCACGGUCACGGCCACGGUCACGAGAGGUCCGGCAGCCUGUUUGACAUGGUCCAUGCCCGUGGCAAGCGAUCGGGCCCGCACAUCAAGGAGCACGGCGAGGACGUCCCCGUCAACUUCCGUCACCUCGUCAAGCGCCCCGUCAUCAGGCAGUGGCUUUACGCCGGUAAUCUGUAUCGCGAAAAGGACGAGCGCAAGCCAAGCCAGUACGAGCUCUUCUUCGACCUCAUCUUUGUCGCCGUCGUCAACGGCAUCGGACACGCGACUGCCGAGAGCAGCUCCGCGAUCAACGUCGUCAAGUUCGUCCUCUCCUUUUGGCCUUGCUUUUCCAUCUGGACAGACGUGCGAAAGUUCCUCAACACCAGCGGCACCGACGACGUUCUCGAGAGGAUCAUCCUGCUCGGCUGGAUGAUCCUGCUCUGCGGCUACUGCGCCAACGUCUCUGGCCUGGAGGUCGUCGUGGCAACGCCCGAGAUGCUCGCGCUCUACGCCGAGAGCACAGGCGCCGAAGUCGGACCCGUGACCGAGGAGGUUGGUGGCGGGGCUGCCGAGCCCCACCGCCGUGCCCUCGGACUCGCCGCCUCGCUCCUCAAGAGGUCUGGAGGCGGAGGUGGCUCUUCCGAGGAGGUGCGCCUGGGCGUCGAGCUGGUCAACAACUACUGGUUCACCGAGAGCUACCACAAGGCCAUCGGCUCGGCGAUCGCCUUUUUCAUGGUCGCCAAGCUCUGGCGGGUCGGCAUCUAUUUCUACUACGGCCUCUCGCUGCCCAAGUUCCGCGCGGCGCUCUGGCUCAACGGCCUGGCCAUGGCGCUCAUCACCUGCAUCUACCUCCCCGUGCUGCUCUCCUACGACCCAGUCAUCAUCGUCAUCGCCAUGUGCGUCGGCAUCCUGGCCGAGCUGCUGCAGAGCUACGUCGUGGCCGGCGCCAUGAUGGCCUUCCACGGCCGCAAGAAGCGGACGGGCAACCACAUGUUUAUCCCGGCGCUCUCGCACGAGCACUCGAUUGAGCGCUACGUGCUCUUUGUCAUCCUCAUCGUCGGCGAGUCGAUCAUCUCGAGCAACUUUGUCGCCUCGGACGGCACCUUUGGCCUCAACGCCGAGUUUGGACGCGCCGCGCUCGGCAUCGCUAUCAGCUUCUUUAUCAUCUGGCUCUACUACGACGCCGACGGCUGCCGCGUCUUUCAGCACGCCCUACGCCGCAACAGCUUCACCUCGAUCACGUUUGGCCACCUGCACUUCCCGCUCACGGCGUCGCUGAUCCUGAUGGCCGCCUCGCUCUCGACGCUCGUCACUUCGGCGGGCCCCAUCCACGGCGGCAAGGUGUGGUACUUUGGCGGCUCGCUCUCGUGCGUCAUGCUGUGCAUCGGCGUCAUCGGGUUGCUGCACCGCAACCUCGACAUCCACGGCUCCAACCUCGUACCGCGCUGGAUGCGCCUCUCGAUGCGCUUCCUCAUCGCCGCCGCCAUGGCCGCCAUCCCCGCGGCGCAGGACGAGUGGAACGCCCUGUACCUGCUGGGCAUCUACGUCUCGCUCCUCGCCUUCCUCACCGCGUUUGAGACCAUCGGCAAGAUUGGCGCCGUGGGGCGCAAGUACGACGCCGAGCGCGCCGCCGCGCUCCACGCCGGCCACAGCGUGCCCCUCGAGGCCCUGGGCUCCACGUCCCACAUGCCCCUGACGCACGACGAGAAGAGAAAGUACAAGCUCGACAAGACGGCCACCUGGCAUCCCUUCGACGACCUCACGCCCGCCGAGCGCGGAGAGGAGGACGUCGGCAUCGAGUCCGAGAUUGGCCACCUCGAGGAGAAGCCGCUCUCGACGGGCCAGCGAUGGGCUUAUGCGGCUUGA